GUCUCACAAUGCCAACAACUUUUUUUUGAAAUCAGCAAUUAAGAACUUGUUACAGCAACUAAAACCGGAUAUUUUAUCGAAAAUCGGAGAAAUGAUAUUAUAACCUAACCCAUCAAAAUUUAGACACAAACACAGACCUCGUAAAUACAUCUAAAGAGUCUUGGAAGAAACAUGUUACAAUACGCGUGCUUCAUUUGUGUUACAUUGUUAGCAAGUAUUCAUUGCAUAUCAUGCCUAGAAGCUAGUGUCGAAGUAGAAGUACCAAUAUCUGUGAAAGUAGGUAACAGUGCAACUCUUGUUUGUAACUUGAAACCAAAAAACGAGAAAGAUCAUCUCAGUAAUGUACGCUGGUGUAAAGAAAAUGAAGAAUUCUAUCGUUUUUCCCCAGAUGACACACCGCAAAAAACAACGUCUAAUAUUCCUGGUAUAGUUGUUGUAGAAGAAAGCUCAGAUAAAAAGGUAGUGUUAAGUAAUUUGCAAAAGGAACUUACAGGAAACUAUACCUGUGAGGCCAGUUGGACGACACCAAGCACCGUGACUGCUAAGGAUUCGAAAGAAAUGUAUGUAAUGGACGAAUUAAAAGGUGAUAUUCUCCUAGAAGGUACAUCUCCCCUUCGUAGUACGGAUAAGUUGUUUGGAGUAUGUGUUAGUCCUGCAUCUCAAGUUACCCCAAAAUUUACAUGGCUUUUAAAUGGAGAACAGGUUUCUAGUGAGGAGUCUCAACCAGCCACCAAAAAUAAUAAAGAUCCGAACCGUUUUAUCGCUUACCUAAAAUGGACGAAUGGAGUUUCGUUCGUAGAUGGUAAGGCCAACCUAACUUGUGUUGUUGAAGUAGAUGGCGUUUAUAACGCUCAAAAAACGGUUAUAUUGAAAAGCUUUUAGUAAGCGUAGGACAGUUUGAUGACUAUAUCCAAUGACAUGUGGAAGUCCAAUAACAAUCAAUAUGAGUAUGGCAACAUAUCCCUUUCAAAAAUUAUUAUGGGUACCUACCUACUCUUUUAAACAUUUAUGUAUUUAAUAAUAUUAGUAAAUUACAUAGGAAAA